GGCAUCAGGAGCGCUGCUUGUCAGUCUGCCGUCAUGUCGUCGCUGCGCUUCACCGAUGAAGACUUCGCGGCGGCUUGGAAGGAGCUGGACCAGCCGCAGCUGGACGGAGGGUGGGAGCUUUUCACCGAGACCAUGGGAGUCAACAUUUACAGACUUCUCGAGCAGGAAACGGGUCUUUAUGAGUACAAAGUGUUUGGCUCGCUGGCUGACUGCGAGGCGGAUCUUUGCGCCGACGUCUACAUGGACCUGGCCUACCGCAAGCACUGGGAUUCCUACGUCAAAGAGCUGGUUGAGAAAGAGAUUGACGGCCAGGCAGCGAUCUACUGGGAGGUCAAGUACCCCUUCCCUCUAUCCAACCGAGACUACGUUUACGUGAGGGAGCGCCGCCUGCUGGACGUGGACGGCAGGAAGAUCUGGGUGGUCCUGGCCAGAAGCUCGCCCGAGACACCUUACCCGGAGAAGAACGGCGUGCUGAGGGUUAAAGACUACAAGCAGACCAUCGUCAUGGAGGCCGACGGCCAAGCUGGAACCAAAGUCUUCAUGAAUUACUUUGACAAUCCUGGCGGGAUGAUUCCCAGCUGGUUGGUCAACUGGGCGGCCAAGAGCGGCGUUCCAAGCUUCCUCACUGACAUGAAAAAGGCGUGCGCCAACUAUCCGCUCUACUGUAACAACAAAUGAAAACACUUGACGGCGCUGAAGUGAGUGACGGCGGAUGUCGGCUGUCGUCUGCAUGAUGUUGGAUGUUCCUGCUGUUUUUUAUUUUCACACUCCCUUCCUUUAUGUGCAAUCUGAGCCUAUUGGGGAGGCGCAUUAUAGCGGUUUCAAAUGUGUUUACAUUCAAAAUGACAUGCAAUGUAAAUGAUGAUGUGUCAGAAAUGAACUUUUGUGCUUCUCAAGAAUCUUUACUCUACAAAUGAUCCCAUUGUCAUCCUCCUUGUUGAUUGUGAAAAAGAAAAUUCCACGGCAAGUAAACAAAUAUUUAUUAUAAA